CAGAGACAGGUAGAGGGUACCAGGCGGAGACAGGCAGGCACACAGGCGUCUCCAGCACAGCGCCUCCGCGUGACAGACACAGACGGGACCAUGAUCGGAAGGCUACUGACCGUGCUCUGCGCCCUAGCGGCCGUCGUUCUUGCAGAAGGUGCUGAACUGGGCGACACCAUGCCAAUGGAGUUCAAAUGCCCCGGCGAAUACGGCCUCUACCCCGACCCGGAAAACUGUCACGGCUUCUAUGAGUGCAACGAGUACUAUCCGUUCCACUUCAUCUGUCCCGAAGAUCUGGGCUUCGACGACGCGGCUCACGAGUGCAACUUCAUGCCGAGCUGCAAGUGAGGCUCGGUCGGUUCAGCUGAUUUCGGAGCGCUGCCACCGGCCACCAUGUCAAGGUCACCGGUGUGAGCUGACGUUUGGCAGCCAGCGCGAUGUUGGGCGGUAGAUAUCCGACAGCAUGUCUGCAGACGACCCAAACGCCGCGAUAGUCGCAAAAGUUCGGCGUAAUCUGCAGCAGUGUCUCGUUUUUUCAGCAACGUGGCGCUUUUUCAAGCAGGUGCGAUUUUUUUUGCUGCUUGCGAGCUUAGUUUGAAUAGAAAGUGAUUCGAAUCAUUUGGUUGUGUACGCGUGUACGUCGUUUCG